AGAUCCGUGGAACAGGCGGAGACUACGCGUGCGCGGGGAGGUAGCCCGGCUGGAUUCAUCGCCCCCGCGACGUGCGCCAUUUCUCCAGCACACACGCACCGGACGCGCAAGGAAAACAAGUCACAAAUGGCACACCCGGGGUCCCAUUCCAUCCCAAGCUCGGAUCUCGCUCCCCGUUGCUGCGCGCCGCGUGCGUGACGGUGCGGCACCAGCACACCACUCCGUCGGCGUCGAUCCAGCCAUAUAAUAAUCUCGCUCGCCCGAUCGGAUCGGCUUCACUUCCCACGAUUUGGCUUCCUUUUCUACCCCGCAGGCCGCGGCGCGUAGUCUUCUGCUCUCUAGCUCACCAUCACCGUCGUCAUCAAUCACGGUGACCUUGCCCUCGCUGCUCGACUGGAACCGUGCCUCGCUCAGAUCUGCCCCGUUCCACUCCCCGCUGUUGGCUGUUGCUCUGCUCUCAUCGUCUUCGGCCGGGAAAGGACGCUGCUGCUGCUGGUAGGCUGACAGCGAGGAGGACGAGACGAGGGGGCCAUGGCUCAGAUCUUGCUCCACGGCACGCUCCACGCCACCAUCUUCGAGGCCGAGUCGCUCUCCAACCCGCACCGCGCCACUGGCGGCGCCCCCAAGUUCAUCCGCAAGCUUGUGGAAGGGAUCGAGGACACCGUGGGUGUCGGCAAGGGCGCCACCAAGAUAUAUGCCACCGUCGAUCUCGAGAAGGCCCGUGUCGGGCGGACCCGGAUGAUCUCCAACGAGCCCGUGAACCCUCGUUGGUACGAGUCCUUCCACAUCUACUGCGCGCACAUGGCCGCCGACGUCAUCUUCACCGUCAAGAUCGACAACUCCAUCGGGGCCUCGCUCAUCGGGAGGGCCUACUUGCCUGUCCAGGACCUCCUGGGAGGGGAGGAGAUCGACAAGUGGCUUGAAAUCUGCGAUGAAAAUCGUGAGCCUGUUGGGGACAGCAAGAUCCAUGUGAAGCUCCAGUACUUUGACGUCGGCAAGGACCGUAACUGGGCGAGGGGUGUCCGGAGCACCAAGUACCCUGGUGUCCCUUACACCUUCUUCUCGCAGAGGCAGGGGUGUAAGGUUACUCUGUACCAGGACGCUCAUGUGCCGGACAACUUUGUUCCCAGGAUCCAGCUCGCUGAUGGCAAGAACUAUGAGCCGCACAGGUGCUGGGAGGAUAUCUUUGAUGCUAUAAGCAAGGCUCAGCAUUUGAUUUACAUCACUGGCUGGUCCGUGUACACAGAGAUCACCUUGGUCAGGGACACCAACAGGCCAAAACCUGGUGGUGAUGUUACUCUUGGGGAGUUGCUCAAGAGGAAGGCCAGUGAAGGUGUCCGGGUGCUUAUGCUGGUGUGGGAUGACAGGACUUCUGUCGGCCUGCUUAAGAAGGAUGGCUUGAUGGCUACCCAUGAUGAGGAGACUGCAAAUUACUUCCAUGGCACGGAUGUCAACUGUGUUCUGUGCCCUCGCAACCCUGAUGAUUCUGGCAGCUUUGUCCAGGAUCUGCAGAUAUCAACUAUGUUCACGCACCACCAGAAGAUAGUAGUAGUCGACCAUGAGAUGCCGAACCAGGGAUCCCAGCAAAGGAGGAUAGUCAGCUUCAUUGGUGGCAUUGACCUUUGUGAUGGAAGAUAUGAUACCCAGUACCACUCCUUGUUCAGGACGCUUGACACUGUCCAUCACGAUGACUUCCACCAGCCGAACUUUGAGGGUGGAUCAAUCAAGAAAGGUGGCCCAAGGGAGCCAUGGCAUGAUAUCCACUCACGGUUGGAAGGGCCAAUCGCUUGGGAUGUUCUUUACAACUUUGAGCAGAGAUGGAGAAAGCAGGGUGGUAAGGACCUCCUUGUGCGUCUCAGGGAUCUUCCUGACAUUAUCAUCCCCCCUUCUCCUGUGAUGUUCCCGGAGGACAGAGAGACAUGGAAUGUUCAGCUCUUCAGAUCCAUCGAUGGUGGUGCUGCUUUUGGCUUCCCCGAGACUCCCGAGGAAGCUGCAAGAGCUGGGCUUGUGAGUGGAAAGGAUCAAAUCAUCGACCGGAGUAUCCAGGAUGCAUACGUAAACGCCAUACGGAGGGCGAAGAACUUCAUCUACAUUGAGAAUCAGUACUUCCUUGGAAGUUCAUACGGCUGGAAGCCCGAAGGCAUCAAGCCGGAAGAAAUCGGUGCUCUUCACUUGAUUCCGAAGGAGCUCUCGCUGAAGAUUGUCAGCAAGAUUGAAGCUGGGGAGCGGUUUACUGUUUAUGUUGUGGUGCCAAUGUGGCCUGAGGGUGUUCCAGAAAGCGCUUCUGUUCAGGCAAUCCUUGACUGGCAAAGGAGAACGAUGGAGAUGAUGUACACUGACAUCGCACAAGCUCUCGAAGCCAACGGGAUUGAAGCAAACCCCAAGGACUAUCUCACUUUCUUCUGCUUAGGUAACCGUGAGGUAAAGCAGGAGGGAGAAUAUGAACCAGAGGAGCACCCAGAACCUGACACUGAUUACAUCCGGGCUCAAGAGGCUAGGAGGUUUAUGAUCUAUGUUCAUACCAAAAUGAUGAUAGCUACAAAGCAUGCAUUUCUGCUUUACGUGUAUUGGAAGCAAGGGAUCGCUUUAAAAUCUGAAGUAUAACUAUUUUAGAGAGCAGCAGAAUCAACUUAAAGCAGAAAGUAUCAGGGAGAAAUCGUCCUAUCCUGCUUUGUCCAAAGAUUUCAUUCUCUUUUCGAUUGAAACCAAAUAAAACCAAGGGGGUAUAGUUAUGGUGUGUUGGGUUGAGGAGCGGAGAAAAAUGGAGCGGCUCCAUUCCUGGAGUCUACAUAUGGCAAGUUUUUGGGGUGCUCUCGCUCCACCAAAACGACCGGAUGUGAGCGCUUUUGUGGAUGAUAGCAUAGCAUUGGGCACCCUGAUUAAAUUGUUUUCUUUUCUUGGCUUCAGAGGCGUUAGAUUUUCGGUGCAUGAUAACCCUCUAUUUAUCCAUGCAUUAUGCUAUAUAAUAUGUCGAUAGUUCCUUUUAAUAGGCCAUAUAUCUUUUAUUUAUCACUAUUUAGGAGUAUUGGCUGUUGUUGUUGUGAAACUUACUUUUCUGAUGUGCCGAUGUGCAUAUGUUUGGAGCAACAUGUUUUUUAGUUAAAAGCAAAACUAUACUGGACAGUAAAGCCAUCAAUACAAAGCAACAAAUAUUACGAGGGGCUGUCCUAUGCUCAUAUAAUUCUACUUUUUUUUUAAAAAAAAGGAACUAACACUCUUUUCAAACGAGUAAAAAAUAAAUUCAAAGUAUGCAGUUAGUUACUCUGUCUCGGUAGCAAAGUGUUGAACAGUCAAAUUCCUGCUUGAAUUGCUCUCUUGCUUGGUCUGAAAGGCAUACAUUUUGUUGAUGAAGAUGGUAACGAUUUUUGUUUGGUUUCAGUGGACGACGAGUACAUCAUCAUUGGGUCCGCCAACAUCAACCAGAGGUCCAUGGACGGUGCCAGGGACUCCGAGAUCGCCAUGGGCGCGUACCAGCCGUACCACUUGGCGACUAGGCAGCCUGCCCGGGGCCAGAUCCAUGGCUUCCGGAUGUCUCUUUGGUACGAGCACCUGGGAAUGCUGGAAGACGUCUUCCAGCGGCCCGAGAGCGUAGAGUGUGUGCAGAAGGUGAACGAGGUCGCCGAGAAGUACUGGGACCUGUACUCGAGCGACGACCUGGAGCAGGACCUCCCGGGCCACCUCCUCAGCUACCCGAUCGGUGUCACUGCCGACGGCAGCGUUACCGAGCUGCCCGGGAUGGAGAACUUCCCCGACACCCGCGCCCGCGUCCUCGGGAACAAGUCGGAUUACCUCCCGCCCAUCCUCACCACAUAGAGUGCACACUGCAGGCAGCGCCAUGGCUGCUCUCCUCUCUGGCCUCACCUUGGUGUCCCUGUGUUUGUGUUUGGGACACUGGAGGUUCAGAUUGCAGUGUUGAUAUUAUAUCCCCCCUCCGUCCAGAGGGAUUCGACGUUAUUGAGUCAUAAUAAAAUGCAUUGUGCACGGUGGGAGACUGGGAGGAUAGGAAUUAUAGUUGUUUAUUACAGUACGACUGCUUACUGCAUCCAGAUUGUGUUGUCCCUUGUCUGGUGUAGCUUCUGUUGCUUGCUGCGUUGCAGUGCCGGAAGUGACUCCAGAUUUCAGAACUUAAACAUGAUUGCUUGUUCAAGUGUGUGCUGCUAAAUGUCAAA